ACGCCCUCCCGCGGCCACAAAAGGAACUUGUGGCUCAGAAUCCCCUGUGGCCUGCUGACAUGGCCCGCCCCCUCCGCCUUCCCCGUUAAACCCCGAGACGGGGGAGUCAAUUGCAGAGGGAGGGGGGAAAGAAGAACAGGGGAAGCACGAACGGGAGAAAAAGAUGUCGGAGAACGGAGAUGCUGCGAUCAAGCUCUUUGGCAAGACGAUCCCUCUGAGGCCAAGCAGCAGCGGCGGCCAUGAUGAGAAGGAUCAUCAAGAGGGCGAAGGAGCUCUGAAAUCAAGGAAUCAAGAUCAUGAAUCAUCAGACUCACAAGAGAAGAACGAGCCUGCCACAUCCACGAGCGAUCUCCAUACUCCAGCUUCGGCCGAUCCAGAGGACGUCUCGACGAAGAGCUCAAGUCAUAAAGAAGAGGAAGAAGACAACGAAGAAUCGCAGAGAAGCGUGAAGAAGCCCGACAAGACACUCCCUUGCCCUCGGUGCAAAAGCCUCGACACCAAGUUCUGCUACUACAACAACUACAGCGUCAAUCAGCCACGAUACCUCUGCAGGAACUGCCAACGGUACUGGACCGCCGGCGGCACCAUGAGGAACGUCCCCGUCGGAGCUGGUCGACGCAAAAACAAGAACUCAUGCCAUAUUCGACGCAUCGCUUUAUCGGAGUCUGCCAUCCGAGCUUGUCAAUCUGAUGCCCGUUACCCACAGAGCACCGUACUCAACUUUGAUUCGAUGGCCUCUGCACUGGUCCUACCAGAAAACACGGUGAGCUGCAACAGAAAUGGAAUCCACGGCGAGAUGGCACCACCACCUUCUACCAUGAACAAUGGUGAUGAGAAGUCGAGUAGGCCUUCAGAUACUCUAAAUGCAAAGGGCAGUCAGAAUUAUCAGAGAACAACUGCUCCAAUUCCAUGUUUCAGUGGGUCUCCCUGGCGAUAUCCUUGGAACCCAGCACUUCCUUUUUGUGCUUCCAGCCUUCCAGUUCCCUUCUACCCUGCUGCAGCUUACUGGAGUGGUCCAUGGCUAUCUCCUGCAGCUUCCUCUUCUCCAAAUGGUUGUCUCCCAAGAUCAGGAUCCAGUACUCCCACCCUGGGCAAGCACUCGAGGGAUGGCACAUGCAUUUUGAUUCCGAAAACACCCAGGAUUGAUGACCCUGAAGAAGCUGCAAAGAGCACUUUAUGGACAAUGGUUGGCAUCAGUAAUGGAGAGCUACUGAAGGCCUUCCAGCCGAAGAGAGAGAUCAAGAAUCAGGUACCAACACUGCUGCAUGUCAACCCGGCAGCACUUUGUCGAUCUCUGAACUUCCAGGAGGCCUCGUAGAGGAGCAGAGCUUCUGAUCUUCUACUGAAAGAAGAAGCUGAAAGCUUGCAAAGUAGCUUCAUCGAACAAGAGUGUUGCCUCUGCCAAUGCAACAGUAGUAAUUAUUAGUCUUCAUGUAGACAUGUAAGUAGCUAGGAAGUGAGAGCAGGAAAGAGAUGUUAAGCUUAAGAAUGAGAGGUUCCUUUGCACAUAAAUAACUCAAUGAUCUUGAUUGAGAAGAA